AUGCAAGGAAAAUGUCUACAUUUUGGUGAAACGCGAUCCUUCAAAGAUCUUGAUUCUCUUUUCCACUAUGUUUACCUACAAACAUGGGCAAGUGGCCCAGGUCGACAAUACUGGAUCGUUAAGCGUAAUGGGAGCCAGCAGCGACCCAUUGGGGGCGAGGAAGUUCAAAAUCAUCUCAGAUUAGUGCGCGAACGUGAACCACAACACAAGCAACCUGGACUACCGCUCAACCACCCUCCUCCUCAAGUAUUCUUGCGAAAAACGUGGCGCGUUUCGUCUUUUGGACCAAUCAGAGCCUUUAGAUUUCUACCCCCAUUUUUGGACUUAAAACGGGGCGCGUUUUUGUCUAUCGACGUUUAG